GGCAUUAACUCUCGAGUUACACACAGGUGUAUACAGUGACAAAAAUAUCGAUACUGGCUAUCAACGCUUUAUAACAGAUAAUGCGUACCCCGCUGUGAGAUUGUGCAAUUUACAACAGUUGAGUGACCGGAUCUUGGAAACUUAUGAUAGACAAUAUAGAAGGUGUAAAGAGAGCAAAAAUGGACCAUGACUGAAACCUUUACUUCACAAGGGAUUCAACCUGCGAAAAAUAUGAAUCUGUCCACCAAAUGAACCUACAGUGGUAGAGUGUUACUUUUGGACAAGAUUCCAUUGGACAAGCUUACAAAACAGACAGUUAUUUUCCCUUAAGUAGUUACCAGGCAAUGGUUCUGUACUUCUGAAUAUGUUGGCUAUGAAUCCUGCUGAGCAGUGUCCGUUAAUUGAAAGCCACGCAUCUGUCCCUGGAAAUAUAAUUGCUGACUAUUCAAAUGUGAAGACAAUUCCACCACAUCAACCGAGUCCGUCUGAUGUUUCAAAGAAAGCCGAUGACCAACUUUUGUUGGGACGCUGGUAUGCCCGACCCAGUCCAGUGACAGCUGCCAGUUCUGAAUCUACUGGUGCUAGGGGUAAAUGGGAUUGUAGUGAUAAAUCAAUUAAAAUGGACUUUCCUACAAAUCAGUCCAUUGGUUUGUCAAGUGAUGUAACAUACAGUAUGGACCAAAACAAUGAAAUAUUACCUGUGGAUGAUCCACAUGUUCCGAUGCCUUUUAUCAGCUGUGAUUCAAAGGAAGAUCUGUCACAAGACAUUUAUACUGAAAGUCAGACCAAUGAAAUGCCUUUGUUAAUGAGUUAUACCAUUUUUAAUUUGGCAGAAGUUUCUGUGACAUCCGAGGAAGUGAAUUCAAAUCUAGCAGAUGAGUCUGGUGAAUGUUCUUCUGAUGACUUUGAAGAGAUAUUUAUUGAAAGAAACCAAAAAAAAAGCAAGAGCUACAAUUCAACUCUUUUGGCAUCAAAGAGGGUUUGUGUUCAAGGUUCAUCCGAAGGCCCAGUCAAGCCUAGGUAUGCUGCAAAAACAAUGGUCCCCCUUUUUCAUAAACCAGCUAAGAGGAAAUUGGUCAAAACAGGUUACCUAGUAAGUGCUAAGAGAGUGAAAAAAGCCAAGACACUUGAAAAGGACAAGACUGAAUACCUUCUUCCAGAGUGGAACCUAGCCAGCUGUAUGAACCUUGAACCUUCAGAUAAUGAUCACUUUCUGUACUGUGGAGAAUGCAACAAAGAGUUUGAAGGGGACUGUCCUGUGCAUGGACCAUACAACUUCAUACAGGACAAAGAGGUGCCAGAAGGGGACCCCUGUAGAGCUGAUCAUACUCUUCCAGAUGACCUUGAAAUUAAAACCUCAAAACUAUUUGGAGCUGGUCUUGGAGUAUUUUCAAAAGUUGGACUGGAAUCCAGGAUCAUGUUUGGACCAUAUAGGGGCGAUGCCAUCUCUGACAACCAUAAAUCAGGAUAUUGCUGGCAGAUCUUUAAGGAAGGCAAAGCUAGCCAUUGUGUGGAUGCCCAGAACAAGGCCACCUCUAACUGGAUGAGAUACGUGAACUGUGCAAUGACAGAGGCAGAUCAGAACCUUGUAGCAUUCCAGUACAAAGGAGGAAUCUAUUACUGCACAUUCAAGCCAGUUUCACCAGGAGAAGAACUGCUUGUCUAUUACGGAGAUGAAUAUGCCAGAGAACUUGGCAUCAUCAGAGACAAGAACUUGCUCUUCAGACCUAAAUAUGUCAACGGAGAAGGUAGUGACAUUUUACAAUCUGUCAUGGAACAGCAAUUAGAAAAUGCAAUAUUAAAGAAUAAGAAGAAAAUAGAAAACACAGAUGAAAAGGAGUGCAAUGGUGUGGUGUGGGAUAAUACUUGUACGAACAGUAGUAACUUGAAGACACACAUGAGGAUACAUGCUGGAGAGAGAUUGUAUGAGUGUGAGGUAUGUCAUAAUACAUUCAACCAGAGUAGUAUGUUAAAGACACACAUGAGGAUACAUACAAAGGAACCAUACAAGUGUGAGGUGUGUGGCUAUGCUUGUAGCCAUAGUGGAAACUUGAAGAAACACAUGAAAAUACAUACAGGAGAGAAACCAUACAAGUGUGAGGUGUGUGGCUAUGCUUGUAGCCAGAGUAGUAACUUUAAGAAACACAUUAGGAUACAUACAGGAGAGAAACCAUACAAGUGUGAGGUGUGUGGUUAUGAAUUUAACCAGCGUUCUGACUUGAAGACACACAUUAGGAUACAUACAGGAGAGAAGCCAUACAAGUGUGAGUUGUGUGGUUUUGAAUGUAACGAUGGUCGUUCCUUGAAGAGACACAUGAGGAUACAUGCAGGAGAGACUGAGAGACUGUACAAAUGUGGGGUGUGUGGUUAUGAAUGUAACCAGAGUGUUCACUUGAAGACUCACAUGAGGAUACAUACAGGAGAGAAACCCUACAAGUGUGAGGUGUGCGGUUAUUCAUCUAAAUAUAGUCAUCACUUGAAGAUACAUAUGAGGAUACAUAAAGGAGAGAGAAAUUACAAGUGUGAGGUGUGUGGUUUUGCAUUUCACCAGAGUAAUAGCUUGAAGAAACACAUGAGGAUACAUACAGGAGAGAAACCAUACAAGUGUGAGGUGUGUGGUUAUGAAUUUAACCAGAGUGAUCACUUGAAGAAACACAUGAGGAUACAUACAGGAGAGAAACCAUACAAGUGUGAGGUGUGUGGUUAUGAAUUUAACCGGAGGGAUUACUUGAAGAGACACAUGAGGAGGAUACAUGCAGACUAGAGACUAUAAAUCUUUUAGGUUAUUGCUUAUGAGAGUUACACCAGUAAUACCUUUAAAAUGUACAUGAGGAUACAUACUGGAGCUGUACACAUAUUGUGUGGUUAUGCAUGUAACCAGAGAGGGAGCUUGAAGACACAUGUGAGAAUGCAUACAUGAGAGAGAGAGCACAAGUGUGGGGUGUGGGGUUAUGCAUUUAACCAGAGUGUUACCUGUAUUCUCCAUCAAAUGAUAAUGCAGAUGAUUGAUGUUUUAGAUGCUUAUCGUUGUCUGGAAGACAUGCAAAAGCAACUUACAAAGUGAAAAAUAUUAAACAUUAAUAUAUAGAAAAUUUAGCAUUGCUUAGUGACACUUUACUUAGUGAUUUUCUGUGUGAUAAAUAUUUUUCAUUAAAUGUUGUAAGAAAACAUAUAAUUAUUAUAAAUGAACAUAAAUUUAACAAAGAAAUAAAGACAGUUUGUCAUUACUGUCGAAUCUAAGGAUUAUUGUUAAACUAUAACCUUAGUUAGUAAACACUUAAAUAAUCAUGACUUUGUGAGUGGCUUUUUCCUGUUUUCCAAACUACUGACUGCGCCUCAAACACAAUUAAUCAGCAACAGCAUAACACAUGUCUUGAAAUCAUAUUGGUAAAUAAUCUGUAUACAUGUCAUUUUGUUGGGAAUCUUUGUUUUUCAAACCCCUAACUGAGUUAUUGCCCUUGAAUAAGCAUAACAGAUCUCAUUCAGCAAUGGCCUCAUUAUCAAUAGUGUUUGCAUAUUGGAGAAUUGUAAGUAACCCAAUUAUGCCUAGUGUCUAGAAAAAAGGCCUUGGCAAAAAGCGUAGACCCAGAUGAGACGCCGCAUGUUGCUGCCUCUCAUCUGGGUCUGCGCUGUUUGCUUAAAGGAAUUUUUGUAAUAAAUAUUCUAAAUAUAGAAAUAAAUAUACAAUCAUGAAAUUCCUAAUUUUGGAAAUAAAUUGACCCAAUUUAAAAGGAUGGGAGAGUCCACUAGGCAUACAUGGGUUAAGACUUCAUACAGAUAUAUUCAUGCGUUAUCCAAGGUGCACUUUUUAACCAUCUUAUUCUUGUUUCAUCUUGUUAACAAUAAUUAUUUUAGGAUGAAUAUGUGUUCCAUGUUAUUUGUUGUUCUAUUGUUUUCUUGUCAGUGUGCUUUUAUAUAUUUUAUUAUUCGGAUAUUCUUUUAGGUAAUGGAGUACCCGUAAAACAUAUGCAGAUGUGUUAAAGCAAGUUAACAUUCAAUAUAAUGUAUAAUGUACAAAGGUUUGUACUUGUCACUUUCAUUUUACAGCUAUUCUUAAAAUAAAAGUAUUAAAAAUUUU